CAUCACUAUUCACGAACAAACAACACCUUCCACCGACAACAUGAAGACCACUCAGAUCUUUCUCAUGAUAGCUGCCGCCGCUGGCAUGGCCGCCGCACUUCCCAAACCCAUCGACGCCGUCGUUGCUCGCGCAGCUGAUGCCUUCAACGCCAUCGCCGCCCUGGCUCACUCGAAUGACAACGUCGUUGCUCGCGCAGCCGAUGCCAACGCCGCCGAUGGUGAUGCUGUGGAGUCGUUCCCGUCUUCUCAAGUUGAGGAAGCCGAUGGCGCCGAUGGCAUUUUCUGCUGAGGACGGAUGACGCGGAGGAGAGUACUACCGCCUGGAGUAUCAUCGCCGUAAGCUUGCUGGGUACAUCGCAAUGUGAAUUUGGGUCUUCUGGCCGAU